CUGCUUUUACCAAAUUUCGUAAACAUUAAAAAUUGGUCGCGUAUUAAAUCGCGUCGCAUUAAAUUAGACGGGUAAUGUCGCAAAUGAAGUAGUACAGAUCAAGAAUGGAGGUGUUCCAGACCGACUCGCACUAUAUCUUUGUAAAGCGGGACAAGAGUUUGUGGUGGCACCGCAGGACGUCGGAGUUCUCGAUAAAAGCAGGAUGGGAUCUUAGCUCUGUGGAUGACAUAGAGUGCAUUGGAGUAACGCACGGAAUUGUGGGCGUGAUCUCGCUACCCAAUGUCUAUGAGCCCCAUUUAGUUGUGGUCAAAGAGGCAACCGCAGUGGGUGUGCUAUAUCCACCCCACUUGGUUUACAAAAUCAAGUCUAUAUGCAUAUUGAGUGCCGAGGAGCCGGACACUGAAUUGCCCAACUGCACCAAGCACUCCAAGAGCAACCAAUCCACGCCUACCCACAGCGUCUCCACCUCAAACAAUAACAAUGCCAGCGUUCCGUCAAGUGGCGGUGGCUCCUCAAAGAGCACCAAGCUAUUCGAGGGCAUGAACAAGACAUGGGGAGCAGUCAAAAGUGCUGGGAACACCAUCAAGAACACCACACAGCAAGCGGCGAAUUUGGCCACCAAGCAGGUUAAGUCAUCGGUUGGCAUUCGGGAGCCCAGGCAUAUCGAGCGGCGAAUCACAGAGGAGCUGCACAAGAUAUUCGACGAGACGGAUAGCUUCUAUUUCAGCUUCGACUGCGACAUAACAAACAAUCUGCAGCGCCAUGAGGCCAAAUUGGAAGAUAAUCAGUCACAACCAGAUGAGAGAUUCUUUUGGAACAUGCACAUGAUACGAGAUUUGAUUAACUUAAAUGAUAAAACAUGGAUACUGCCCAUCAUUCAAGGCUUUAUGCAAGUUGAGAAUUGUGUCAUAGGCAACGAGUGCUUUACCUUGGCUUUGGUAUCGCGAAGAUCUCGUCACCGUGCAGGAACACGCUACAAGCGACGUGGAGUAGACGAGAAAGGAAACUGUGCAAAUUAUGUGGAGACGGAACAAAUACUAUCAUUCCGACACCAUCAGUUGUCCUUUACCCAAGUGCGUGGCUCCGUACCUAUCUACUGGAGCCAGCCAGGCUACAAGUACCGCCCUCCGCCACGCCUCGAUCGUGGGGUGGCUGAGACCCAACAGGCCUUUGAACUACAUUUUACCAAGGAGUUGGAGACCUACGGCCGUGUUUGCAUUGUCAAUCUAGUGGAACAGAGCGGAAAGGAGAAGACUAUUGGAGAUGCCUAUGCCGAUCACGUGAUCAAAUUUAACAAUGAGCGAAUGAUAUAUGUGACUUUCGACUUUCACGAUUACUGUCGCGGCAUGCGUUUUGAAAAUGUUUCGGCCCUGAUCGAUGCAGUGGGACCUGAGGCAGGCGCAAUGGGUUUCCACUGGCGAGAUCAACGAGGAAUGAUAUGCAACCAGAAGUCUGUAUUUCGAGUUAAUUGCAUGGACUGCCUGGAUCGAACAAAUGUAGUUCAAACGGCAAUUGGCAAGGCAGUGCUUGAAUCUCAACUAGUAAAACUAGGUCUUUCGCCGCCCUAUACUCCCAUUCCGGAACAAUUGAAGUCUCCGUUUAUGGUGUUAUGGGCAAACAAUGGGGACAUCAUAAGUCGACAGUACGCGGGCACCAAUGCCUUGAAGGGAGACUAUACUCGCACCGGCGAACGCAAAAUUAGCGGCAUGAUGAAAGACGGCAUGAACUCGGCCAAUCGCUUUUUCAUACAAAACUUUGCCGACUCGUUUCGUCAGUGCAUCAUCGAUCUGAUGCAGGGUCAGUUGCUGAGGCCAGAAGAAUUGCAGGAGGACCAGGUCCUGAACACCAUUCUCCAGAUCCUCACUCCAGAGACCCGUCCCCCACUUGGGGGCUAUUAUAAUCCCGGUGUGCUGGGCCCCGAACUGCAGUUACUCGAAUCCAUCGUUGUGAACAGCUAUUACUUGGCACGAUUUAAGGACUCUUACCGCCAGGCCACCAUAGAUCUGAUGCUAGGCAACCAAGUCUCCUCCGAAUCACUUAGUGCUUUGGGCGGCCAGGCUGGCCCGGAUGAAAGCGAUGGAACCGAAAAUGCUGAGCAUGCCAAGUUGCUGGUGGAGGAUUGUCGUCGCCUGCUCCUAGGAACAGCUCAGUAUCCCGUUGGAGCUUGGGGACUAAUUGAUGCUGACCCAAGCUCUGGCGAUGCCAACGAAACAGAGGUAGAUUCUAUACUUUUGCUUACCGACGACUGCUAUAUUGUCGCUGAAUAUGACUCGCAUCUGGACAAGAUCGUCCGCUUCGAGAAGGUGCAACUUGCGCAAGUGCGCCUCAUAGAGUUGGGCAUGCAUCAGCAGACGAAAAUUUUCCAAGGAUCCGCUCCAGCGCAUCUCUGCCUGCGUCUUAACUACAGCGUGGACGAGCAGGAGGGCUACUUCCACAUGUUCCGCUCGGCCAAUCUGAGAUUCUUUAACAACAUGGCUUAUGUGAUCAAGACACAGGAGGAGCUUACCGAAUCCCUUAGCUCAAUUGUCGAGAUGUUCCGAAUUGCACUGGAUAAUGCCGGUAAUGCAGACGUUCGAUAUGUUACAGGAGGUGUAUUGCAGCGAAGAAAGAGCAAAUUGCCUACACUCGACGUUCCCAGAGGCAUGCCACGCAAUCUUUCCGAAUCUCAGUUAGUGCAGUUUAGCUCUAAGGCUCUUUCGAAUGUGGCGGGACAGUUCUCGAAACUUGGCCAGACCUUUAAGAAGCCAUCAAGCGCCAGCCAACAACAAGCUCAUCCCAGCAGCUUGACAGCCACCAUUAAUCCCCAAGUAAUGCGUCAGACUGGGGGCAACGAAAUUGAAUCUGGUCAAGAGGCGGAAAAGGCAGUCUUUACACUUGGCCGCAAGCAGAGAAACUCGAACAGCGCCAGCAGCACCGACACCGAUGAGCACGACAACAGUUUGUACGAGCCCGAAGUGGAUUCCGAUGUGGAGAUAGCUCUGGACAAGUCCAACUAUAACGAGAACGCUUUUUUGCCAUCGGUGGGCAUUGUUAUGGGAAAUCAGAAGGAAGACUCGCCAAGUUCAUCUGAUGAAAUACGACAGUUGGAGCAGAAGGAUAGCAUGUGCAAGACUGCUGAGGAUGUACUUACCAUUUCCAUAACCUCCGUGACGGACCACGUUGGUCUACCUACGGGCCUUCUCGAAAAUGCACCUCCCAUUCGCCCUAUCACACCCAACCCGUUAAUCUGUGUACAAGCUCAGGAAGUAUUUGACGACGGGGAAGAAGUGGUGAAGCCUGUGUCCAGUACAUCGACCAGAGAUCUCAGCCUUCCUUUGGGCUUGCCCACCCAGCCCGAGGCCAACAAGCUGAAGCAGCUCACCAGCCCGCUCUCUAAGUUGGCCAAAAACAUUGGUCUGAACCUAGAUCCGCGAAAGAUAGCUACUAAGACGGGUGUUCUCUCACCUACCAGUCUUUCCGGCGAGAAUACUCCCCCUGAGCACGGACCCAGCUCACGGGAUCAUCUGCUGGAGCUAUGGGAGGCCGAGAAGUGCAAAACCAAGUUGAUUGCCCUGUAAGAGGGUCUAUAUGCAAGCAAUACCAAAAGCUCCACACUUUUUAACUAAUUAGUGCAAGUGAUAUAUACGUAUAUUUUGAAACAGAACGCAAGAAAAUUCUAAACGUUCUUCUUGUUGUACGAGGCACUUCCAUUAAUGUUAUAUUAGGGAAACAACGUUUGGGAAUUCGCAACGACUUAAAUGUUCUCAUAUUAUAAAUUAUUAUAUUAUUAUUAUUGUAGUAUACGCCGUAUUUGUGAUUGUUAUAGCACCAAGCUGUAGUGAGUUUAUAUAAUUUUUGUGUCUAUAAGCUAACCAAAAAUAGGUUUUGCCAAAUUACACUGGACAACAAGGCUUUAAUGCGUAUUUUAAAGAAAACUAAAAUCAGAUUUUCAUUAUUUCUCGCAGCUGAUAUUUUUUUUUAAAUUAAUGUAUUAGAUUUGAUGAUAUAUAUUUUCCUUAUAUAUCUAAAGUAAAAUAGUUAUGAUUUGAAUUCAAUUUCUGCAAAAUAUAAACAUUUUAAGAUACGUAUUCAUUUUACGUCAAAAAUCGUCCCCAUGUCCUAUUUAUUAUCUGAAAAGGUACAUUUUGUAUCCUUCGUUUAAAUAACUUAUUUAAAAGUAUUCAAAUUUGAUAAAUAGUUAUUUUCGAAUGGGAACACUCACUAAUAAAAUUUAAAGUUGUGCUUUGUUUUUUUUUAAUAAUAAAAGCCUUUAUAUUUCAUAAACUUCAAUCUUGUUGUCCUGUGAUAAGGUGCUUGUAUUACUCUUAGCACUCAGCUUCGGCAGAUAUGCUUAGUUAUAGAGUUUAGUAUUAGUAGGAAGAACUUCUGCACUCGGCUUAUGAAACAGUUAUACGUAUAUACAUCAGGUUGGUGAACUGAAAAACACGAAACCACAAAAGAACAAGACAAACAAAAGACUUGGCGGCUGCCAAUUUUUUACACGCCACACCAAAAAACCAAACAAACCCAUUUUUUGGCUAGAAAUUAAAAACCAAAUAGUAAACUAGGCAAGAGGAUUUCAAAAGAAUUCAACGAAUAUUCAAAGGGUUAUAGAAACACAAUAUUUAAGCUUGGAAAUCGUUCGAUAAUAUACUAUUUGUAGUGUGUUUGUAAAUAGAGGAAUAUUUUAUGUAAACGUAAUACAAUUAGAACUAUGUAUGCGCCACCGAAUAUAUGAAAUAUAAAUAUACGUGUUUCAAUGCUUAAAA